AUUGGUUCUUUCCUAAUACUUUGCAGCUAAAACUACCCUCCGCAGCAAGGGCUAUAGUCAGUGAUAGAGGCUUGCAGUUGAGACUUUUUUUGUCGAACCGCAAAACCGGAAACCGCAUAAGUUCGGACUAGCCCUAGCCGUUUCAAGAAAAUCACGGAAACGGAUUUCGGAAAAUAACUUCUCCGAGCGUUUAAUCAUGUAACCGAACCAAAAUCCAUUUUUCUCAAAAUGGAACCGCAAAAUCAGCAACAAAUCCAAUCCCAAGAAACACCCGAGCAACUUCAACCGAAAAGAUAUAGUAAUUGCAAAUCUUAUCGCCCUUUGCUAUUUUUUGUUGGCAAUAGACAAGAUUACAACACGUGUAGAAAAUGCCAUCAAAGCCAAAGUGACGUCGGUAAACCAAUCGCAGAGCAGUUACUCCUGACAGUGGACGAAGUACUCGAGCUGAUUCCUUCGCGUCAAAAUUUGAGGAACGUAGCCGACAGUCUCGAAGAUUACAGCCUCGACGCGUAUGUGCAACUUGACGACGAUAUGUUGGCGUUGUCAGAUUCGCAACUUGUGAUCAACAUCCGGGAUUGUAUCCAGGCUGUUGACGGAUACCAUUACUACGAAGCAUACCGAACAGAACCACGAAGAAAGUUCGGCUAUUCUUUCCUUUUUCGAUGCUCGCAAGAUUUCCAUGUGCAGGAUCAAGCUGCCGUUCGUUUACGAUUGUAUCGGCGUAUGCCAACUUUCUUGUGCAAUGGCCGCAUCAGCGGCAUGGUCGGUAGAGUGAAUGGUUACUUCCACUUGAACAUCGAACACUCCUGUGGGCAUGAGGCUGCACCUGCCGUCGAAAAUAACGCCGUCCCGCAAAAUGUACGUGCAUACAUCGCUGCAAAUGCCAUCGACUUGGAUGCACAACAGCUGCAUCUUUCGACAAGAAGCGACAAGAAUAACGCAGGGGCAAGUGUAUUACUGGGAGUGCCAGUCAAUCUAAGACCGAUAUACACUGCACGACAUCAAUUCAGAUCGGCAGAGACGCUCGUCGGCAGAGCCGCUGACAAGGGUGUCCGUAAGAUUUUCACCUCAGCACAAAACAACAGAUACAGAGAAGAUAUCAGCAUGGACACUGCAAGAGAAUGAAUUUUGAUAUAAAUAGAUGGAAAGUUGCUUGGGGCGCGCAAGCUUUCCAUGCAGAAUUAAUUAGAUAUAACAACUAAUGAUGCUAACCGUCCAGGGAUGGAAGGCUCCAUAAAAAAAUUAUUUGAUACAUAGUGUACAGAAGUUGAGAUAAUAUAACAGAAAAGGCUACAGUACAUAGCGUGCUAUUUUAUAAAGUGCGCGUGCGGACAUGGCAGUGGAUAUUUAUCAAUAGAGCUUGAUUAGCAGUGUAUUUUGGAAAACGUAUUUUGGUUCGGUUACAUGAUUAACCGCUCGGAGAAAUUAACUUCCGAAAUCCGUUUCCGUGAAUUUUUUGAAACGGCUAGGUAGGCG